UCUUGGAUUUAUACUGUUCGGUUUGCUCUUCUUUGGGGUGUUUCUCAGGGCCUUAUGCAUGUAGCUUUUCUUGCAUAUUAGGCGUUUGAUUAAAGUUUUCAAUAAGCUUCCUAGAUCAUUUACUUUCCUAGAGAAAAAAAUGAGGUGGAGGAGAGCAUAAGCGGCAAAACCAAUUACCCAUUUGAAACAGAGAAAGACGCUGCAAGCCUAGUUUGGUUGUCCUCUUCAGUACAUUUUUCAACUGUCUUACAAUGCAAAGAGUCUCGAGGAUCAUAACCUUAUCAGCACCAAAUCUCCUCACCUAUGCUUCAUCUACAUGUACUAUCGCAAGGCUGUCUUUUACAACUUUGUCUGUGCGACCGAACAUUCAAAACCUGCAAGAGAGAGCAAUUCCGGGCGACUUUCUGAGAUGGGGUUCGCUUGGUUUCAUCAGAAAUUCAAGAUUCGCCACUGGCUUUUCGCCGUUGCAGCCCAAGCCGUUGGACUCGAUUAUGGAUUUCGAGAGGGCUAAGGAUCGUUCGCCGGAGGACCUUGCUUCGAUUUGGGAUGACUACCACUUGGGACGAGGUCACAUUGGUGCAACAAUGAAGGCAAACCUUUAUAACUUGUUGGAGCAGAGAGCAGCAUCUUGCCGGUAUUUUGUGAUUCCCUUGUGGAGAGGAAGUGGUUAUGUAACAAUCUUUCUUCAAGUGCAGAUGCCACACAUGAUUCUCACAGGUCUUGAAGAUUACAAGGCUAGGGGAACCCAAGCGUCUCCCUACUUCACCAUAACUUACUACAAAGAAUUUGCAGAAACCAAGAACCUGGUGCUUAUCCGUGGAGACAUUGUGUUCACCAGCAAACUCAGCGACUCAGAGGCAAAAUGGCUCUUGGAGACUGCUCAGUCAUUUUAUUUGAACGAUGUGAGAUACAAGUUGGUUGAAAGAUUCAACAAAGAAACUCAUGAUUUCGAGUUCAAGGAUGUCUUGCAAGCAUUGGAAAUACCCACUUUAUGAUAUUAAAAGGACAACUUUGGUGAAUGAUGGUAUAGAAGAAUGAACACCAUUAAGUUUGUUGUCUGUAUUUUUGUUUCCCUUUCCAAUGGUGACUAUUCCAUUUGAAGAAUUAUUAUUAUUAUUAUUAUUUUUUU